GGGUGGGCAGCGGAAGGCCCCGGUUACGGCGGCUGAGGAGAGACAGAGUCGGGCGAAUAGGGAGCGGGCGCGCGAGCCAGCGCGGAGGGGCCGGAGCCGCGCUGAGCGGAGGCGGGAGGGGAACGGCGCCGGCCCGGGGCGCGUCCGUGGUCAGAGGCUUUGAAGUAAUCAUGGAUAAAAGAGGAGGCCUAACAGAGACUGAAAAUGGUGAUGCGUUCCUGGAGCUGAAUAGAAUUACAACCAAGUACCCGCAUCGCUACACAAAGGAAGAACUGCUGGAUAUUAAAGAGCGUCCCUACUCUAAGCAAAGACCUUCUUGUCUUUCUGAAAAAUAUGACAGUGAUGGGGUGUGGGAUCCAGAGAAGUGGCAUGCAUCUUUAUAUCCAACAUCAGGAAGAACUUCACCAGUGGAAAGCUUUAAGAAAGAUUUGGAUUCAGAUCGGACUUCUCUUAUGCGUAGGAUAGUAGAUCCAAGGGAGCGAGUGAAAGAAGAUGACUUGGACGUAGUCCUAAGCCCACAGAGGCGAAGCUUUGGAGGUGGCUGUCAUGUAACAGCAGCUGUUAGCUCACGGCGCUCGGGAAGCCCAUUAGAAAAGGAGAAUGAUGGUGUCCGUGUUAUUGGUGGCCGUAGGAUUGGCAGUGGAAGAAUAAUCUCUUCUCGUAACUUUGACAAAGACCACCGGGGUGGUGAGAAGGACAUACGUGACCCUAGAGAUGCAAGAGACCGAGACCGGGACUACAAAGACAAACGCUUCAGGAGGGAAUUUGGUGACAGCAAACGUGUGUUUGGGGAGCGAAGGAGGAACGACUCGUACACUGAAGAGGAACCCGAGUGGUUCUCUGCUGGUCCUACGAGCCAGUCUGAAACCAUUGAGCUCACAGGCUUUGAUGAUAAAAUUUUGGAAGAAGAUCACAAAGGCAGAAAACGCACAAGGCGACGCACGGCCUCACUGAAAGAAGGGAUAGAAUGCAAUGGUGGAGUGGCAGAAGAGGAUGAAGUGCAAACUGUCCUUGCCAAUGAAACGCCAGCAGAUCAAGAAGUUCCUAGGGAAGCUGUUUUACAAGAACCAGCUCCAGGAGAGUUUGACUUCAAUGAGUUCUUUAACUUGGAUAAAAGUGUUCCUGGCCUGGCUUCGAUGAUAGAGGAUGUGCUGGGGGAAGGCUCGGUGUCUGCCAGCAGGUUCAGCAGGUGGUUUUCUAAUCCGAGUCGCUCUGGAAGUCGGUCAAGCAGCUUGAGAUCUACACCACAUGAGGAACUGGAAAGGCUAGCAGGUCUAGAGCAAGCCAUUCUGUCCCCUGGCCAGAACUCUGGAAACUACUUUGCUCCCAUUCCAUUGGAAGACCACUCUGAAAACAAAGUGGACAUCCUAGAAAUGCUACAGAAAGCCAAAGUGGACUUAAAACCUCUUCUCUCAAGUCUUUCAGCCAACAAGGAAAAGCUUAGAGAGAGCACACAUUCAGGAGUUGUACUUUCAGUGGAAGAAGUUGAAGCUGGGCUAAAAGGUCUGAAAGUGGAUCAGGAGGGAAAAAUUGCUACUCCGUUUAUGGCAGAGCAAAUGGAGGAAUCAUUGAAUGUCGCUGGCUCCAGACAGAUCAAGAAAGAUGGAGAUAUGACUGCGUUUAAUAAACUGGUCAGCAGUAUGAAGGCAAGUGGGACUCUACCUUCACAGCCCAAAGUCAAUCAGAGCCUUGAGAGCCACCUCAUGUCACCUCCAGAGAUGCCAGGCCAGCCUCUAUCAAAGAAUAUUCUGCAGGAACUUCUUGGUCCACCCAUUACCAGACCUGCUUCAUCAAAUGUCUUAAGUGGCCUCAUAGGUGGUUUGGAGCCUGCAUCGUCUUUACUGACACAAAGAGCACCUUCUCCCCCUAUCCCAUCUGUGUUUCCAACUCGAGCUGCUUCUGCAGAUUACCUGCGCCAUAGAAUAUCUUCACCCAUUGGUUUUGGACAAGGUUCUCAGCAAUUACUUGGUGAUCCAUUUCCAGGUGUAAGGAAGCCCAUGAGUCCAGUUGCUUCACAGAUGAGUCCCUUGGAAAUACAGCAAGCUGCAUUGGAGGGACUGGCAUUACCACAUGACUUAGCCAUACAGGCAGCAAACUUCUAUCAGCAUGGCUUUGGCAAACCACAAAUGGACAAAAGCAGAGAUGGCUACAGAAACAGGCAGCAGCGAGUGACUAAGUCACCUGCACCCGGACACAGAGGGAAUGCAUCUUCUCCAGCCCCUGCAGCAUCCAUCACUAGCAUGCUGUCUCCUUCCUUCACACCUACCUCGGUGAUUCGAAAGAUGUAUGAGAGCAAGGAGAAGAGCAGAGAGGAGCCAGCUUCUGGGAAAAUGAAAGUCAGUGAUGGUAAAGAUGAAAAUCAGAGGCCAAAUGAAGCUACAGAUAACCUACUGUCUAGUUCUCUGGAGAAUGCAGAUCAAGAAACUUUGCCCACCUUAGGUACCAAACUACCCGCACUGCAGCGCUCUGCAUGUUCCACACCUCUUACCCAAGCAAAUCGUUGCACCAAAGAGCAAGACUACAGGCCUAAAUCAGCUGGUAGAAAGACUCCUACAAUGGCCUCCCCAGUACCAGGAGGCCCUUUUCUUCGUCCUGUUCAUCAAGUACCCCUUGUUCCCCAUGUACCGAUCGUACGACCUGCUCAUCAACUGCAUCCAGGAUUGGUCCAGAGAAUGCUGGCACAGGGGGUUCAUCCGCAACAUCUUCCUCUGCUGCAAGCAGGUAUGCUUCCACCUGGAGUAGACCUGUCUCACUUGCAGGGAAUAUCUACUCCCAUCCUUGGCCAGCCUUUUUACCCGCUACCAACAGCAAGCCAUCACAUCUUAAAUCCACGCUCUGGGACACCUUUGCAGCUAGCGAUGAUGCAACAGCAGCUACAACGAUCAGGCACUGGAGCACAGGGAUCACCCGCUGGUGCACAGACAACCCCCCAGAACGUGCUGCCUCGGACUGGGUUAUCUCAUGGGCACACACAGCUUGAGCAUCGCCCCAGCCAGAGGAGUGGCUCUCCCAUUGGCCUUGCAAAGUGGUUUGGUUCCGAUGUCUUGCAGCAACCUCUUCCUUCCAUGCCAUCCAAAGUCAUCAGUGUAGAUGAACUGGAAUACCGGCAGUGAACAGUGACCACUGGGUGGAACACUUGUGAUUCUUUAGGUUGGAUAAAAUGUCCAUAGUCAGGACUUCACCUCUGUUUGGGUUUUUUUUGGGGGGGUCUUUUUAUUUUUAGCACUCUGUGCAAAAUUUCUUUUUGAGAGACUAAAGCACAUGGCACCUGUCCUGGUCUCAUGUCUGCAUCAAGACUAAGGGAUCCAUUAUGGCUUGAACAGUGAAGCCUGAAGAAAUUCAGAUGCAAGACAAAGCCAGUUUAAUCCUGGAAGUGUCUAUUUUUCUUUUUGUAAGAUAUGUGAAUGAAGUGCUGAUAUUCUCUAGUGUAGAGGUAGCAGCUAUUGAUUCCUCCUGCAGAAAACUAAAUGUAUAGACCCUUGUGUACAGACUUGUGUAUAAACAAUCUUUUGUAUAUAUACACAUAGACUAGCCUUUUUGAAUCUAUACAGCUGUACAUAAGAGUAGCUGAUAACAGUUGAGCUUUAGUUGUGCCUAUGGUUUGGAUCUUUCUCCAUUGUGUGUGUGGGACUUACUUUAAGAUUAAAGUUGCAUAUCUUAAGUGUGAGUGAACAGGAUAAAGUUGCUUUGCCUUUUCUUGCUGCUCAUCUCCUUUGGGCCUCCCUGUCACAUUCUUCUGUCACAUACUGUGCACUCAGUGUAGCUGAAGUGUCAAAGUAAAAAGCCCACAUCUUGCUGUCUGUAACAGAGGUCUGACUCCUUGUGUGUGUGACUCCUGCCACCAAAUCAAAGAAUUGUUUAGUCUUCAAACAGCCUUGGUGAUGGAACCUGGUACAGUAAUGAUGAAAGUCAGAUCUCCAGUCUGCCAUGGAGGCUGUAGGAACCUGCUGGUCAUGGCUCUUCUGAGAGGGCUGGUGCUGAUCCUUGUUUAACUGCAGUAUAUUCCUUGUUUUAAUCUUUCAAACCUGUUAUUAAAGGUCAUCAAAAUGGAGCCUUUGAAUCCUCACCCUUCAGCUCCUAAGUCAUAGCUGUGGUAUGCUCUGUGCUGUCUCCAGCUCUGCGUAGAGAAGAGAGUCCCAAGAACUGUCCUCAGUCUAGUGUGCAUCUACUGAUGCAGUUACUGUGAAACUUGCCUUGGAGUCUUGUUCUGCGGCUUGAAAGGGAGAGGAUGGGGUACUUUUGUGAUCUUACUGUGUAUAUUUGGUUUUAAAAUAUUAUGUUCCUUUUAAGCCUGUUUCACUUUCCUUGAACAGUUAAAUGUUCUCUUCCGUCUUCCUGCAUGGCUCCUCACGUCACUAUCUCACCUGUGUUGAGUCUAGUCCUGCUGUCAUGUCCCCUCUUUAGCAUAGGCCUGUGUGCUCUUUUAAAGGUGAAAGCAAACCCAGAAUUCUCACAGACUUGCUCUUUCUUGGGUCUCACUGAAUGCAAAACCAGCAGUGGGGCGGGGAGAGGGGGGAGUCACUUGCCUGUAUUAUACCAAUUGCCAGCAUGCUGUGGUGGGUUUGUUUCAGUCUGGCAGAGACAAUGUUGUACAGAAAUAGCAAGCUGAAAUCUCCAGUGUGGAGUCUGUUGGGGGUCACCCGUAUACUCCUAGCGGUUGUUCCUAAAACAAUCUGUGUAAAACAUGCAAUCACCAGCUUGUCCUUGUAAGAUUGUUUUCAUACUUUUUUAACUUGACACUUUCCCAGUAACUUUCUGUAAAUAAAGUGGAUUCUACCAGC